CGGCCGGCAGGGUCCUGGGAGCCUACCGGAGGCCGGCCUGCCCCGCCCCUGGCCUCCGCGCCAAGCUUCCCUUCCGCGCUCUGUUCCUUUUCCGGGAGCGCUGGCGGCGGCUGCUCGGGUGUCUCUCUCUCUCUCUCUCUCUCUGGGCUUUCAGCUCUCCUGCGGCGACCAUGGCAGCUGGGACACGUGGGGUCGUCCUGCGGCUCUGCGCCUUAGUUGUUUUGCUUGAUGUGGCUUUCUGUAAAGGAUUUGUAGAAGAUUUAGAUGAAUCGUUUAAAGACAGCCGAAAAGAUGACAUCUGGCUUGUGGAUUUUUAUGCGCCAUGGUGUGGUCAUUGUAAAAAGCUGGAACCGAUUUGGAAUGAAGUUGGUGUUGAGAUGAAAAGCAUCGGUUCGCCAGUUAAAGUUGGGAAGAUGGAUGCUACUUCCUAUUCCGGCAUUGCUUCAGAGUUUGGAGUUCGAGGUUAUCCAACAAUUAAGCUAUUAAAGGGGGACUUGGCAUACAAUUACAGAGGGCCGCGGACCAAAGACGACAUCAUUGAGUUUGCUCACAGAGUGUCCGGAGCUCUAGUUCGGCCACUUCCGAGUCAGCAAAUGUUUGAACACGUGCAGAAAAGACAUCGUGUGUUUUUUGUUUACGUAGGCGGAGAGUCACCUCUGAAGGAGAAAUACAUAGAUGCUGCUUCCGAAUUAAUUGUGUAUACAUACUUCUUUUCUGCCUCAGAGGAUGUGGUUCCCGAGUACGUGACGCUGAAGGAGCUGCCGGCCGUGCUCGUUUUCAAAGACGGGACGCACUUCGUUUACGACGAGUAUGAGGAUGGCGACCUGUCAGCUUGGAUCAACAGGGAGAGGUUUCAGAACUACCUGACUGUGGACGGCUUCCUCCUGUAUGAACUGGGAGACACGGGAAAGCUUGUGGCUAUUGCAGUUAUUGAUGAGAAAAACGCAUCAGUGGAACAUACCAGAUUGAAGUCAGUCAUUCAAGAAGUUGCUAGAGAUUACAGAGAUCAGUUCCACAGAGAUUUUCAGUUUGGACAUAUGGAUGGGAAUGACUAUAUAAAUUCCUUGCUGAUGGAUGACGUGAAAGUCCCAACUGUAGUUGUACUGAACACUUCAAACCAGCAGUACUUCCUGCUGGACAGGCAGGUGACGAGCACCGAGGACAUGGUCCAGUUCAUCCGCAGCGUUCUGGACGGCGCAGUGCAGGCCCAAGGAGGUGACAGCAUUCUGCAGAGAUUGAAAAGAAUGGUGUUCGAUGCCAAAUCGACUGUCGUGUCGAUAUUCAAGAGCUCCCCCUUCAUGGGCUGCUUCCUCUUCGGCCUGCCUCUGGGUGUCAUCAGCAUCAUGUGCUACGGCAUCUACAUAGCCGACCCGGAGGGCAAUUACAUCGAGGAGGAGCGGUACGAGGCGCCCCAGAGCGAGCUCGGGGGCCCGGAGGGCCGGGAGGCGGCUGCGGUGGAGAGCCGGGGGCCGCCGGAGCCGGGGAGCGGGCUCUCGCCGGGGCCCGCCGGGCGGGGGCCCAAGGACGUGCUGGAAAAGAAGACGGACUGAGACCGCGCUAGGGUUUCAAAUUAGUAAAGAGUCUAUUUAUUGAAUUCAGACGUUUAAUCAUGGUCUUUACAGCGGACGACGAGGUAUUUGUAUUUUGCUAACAUCAGCCGCAUGGAGUAAAGUAGUUCUUCGUAAACGUGGGGGUGGCCGGCGCCGGGAGCAGUGGCCUGUCGGACACGGAGAGCGCCCCGCCGAGGCCCACCCAUGGGACGUGGGACGUCACCCCGGAGCGGGCCGCGCGCACGCUCUGUCUCCGUGUCUGAACGCCGGGCGGCGGCGGCGGUGGGGUCCCUGGGCGCACGUGUGAGCCCUCAGGCAGGGAGAGCUACGUGUUUGACAGAGAAAAGCAAGACUGCCACCUCCCACCACCAUCCUCGUAUAUUUUGGAUAAGAUUUAUAUGGACAAAGUUAUGUCUUUACAAUGUAGUCACUUUAAGGAGAACUAAUACCUUUUUCCACAGCUCAAAUUAAGAUUAUGAAAUUUUAAGCAUUUGGUUUUAUAGAGCAUAGCCAUCUUAUUUUCUUAUUUUUUAAAGGAGAGGAAAUGUUACUUUUUAAUUUUGUACUUAGUUGCAUUAUAGAAUUUUCCUAUAUAGUGGCAAAAGAGAGUCUGAUGUUUCAUCUCUGCAGCAUAACCAGACCCACCUGGAGCCGGCUCUCAGAGCACACGCCGGCCCACAGAGGCCGGCGUCCCCGCAGCCACCUGAGGAGGGGAGGGGCCUUGUCACCCCUGCCCCCUGGGGCGGGGCCGCCCGCUCGAUUUCCCUGUUUCCUAACAUGCGGUCUCUUCUAAAAAUACCCUUUGAUCAGCAGCCCUGCUGCUUUGUGAAAAGUAAUGUAUGUCGUAGUCUCUUAUGUUUCUGGAACGACAGCUUCGUGGUGACUUGUCUGACGUGCCUCUGUGCGUGUGCACGCGCACGGACACGUGGACAGUGUGUGGUCAUGCGUCUGUCACGUGGGGUUACGGGCACGGCUGGGUUCUUGGUGCGUGGUGAGGGGCACGGGCAGCCCGCCUGCAGAGUCCUGGUCGCUGCCGGAAGGGGUCAGCCAGGCCCCCGCACCCCCCCAGCCCCGUCUGCCCUUCCGGCCGGUCGUCUUCUCUGUCCGUGGAAUAACACAGGGGUUCGCUCCCCAGUCAGGCAAAACCUUGGUACUUUGUAAGUAAUAGUUUGAUAUGCCUAUUGUAGAUGAGCUUCUCUUCAAGGCCUUUGUUUUACCUAAGUGUGGGAUUUUUAUUAGGUGGCUUUUAUUUAGGUGACUAGUCAUUGAUUGAGUAGUUGAGUUACCCAAUAUGAAGAAUUUUAGUAAACACUGAAAAAUGUUCAUUCAGCCCUGGCUGGUGUGGCUUUAGUGGAUUGAGUGCUGGCCUGCAAACCAAAGGGUCCUUGGUUCGAUUCCCAGUCAGGGCACAGGCCUGGGUUGCAGGCCAGGUCCCCAGUAAGGGGAGUGCACAAGAGGCAACGACACAUUGAUGCUUCUCUCUCUCUCUCUUUCUCCCUCCCUCCCCCUCUCUAAAAGUAAACAAAUAAAAUCUUUAAACAAAAAAUAAAAGUAAAAAUGUUCAUUCACUUUAACAGUAAGUAAUUCGUGGUCCUGACACUGAAGUCGUCUCGGGCAGCCGCCGGCCAUUCCUGACGCCGUGCUGGGCACAGCUGAACUGAAACCGCGUCUCCGGUCCUGCGGGGUUGCUGGCGACUCUGCCGCUGAGUCCUGUGCUUAAUCAGCAUGGGGCAACGGCUCAUUCUUAGGUUCAGCACCCCUGACUGUCUUUAACGAGUCACAUCUGCAGUCACAGGGAGUUCUAGAGCGAAAUGCUCUUGAAUGGAAGUGGGAGAUAAAUGCUGUUAAUCCUGCUGCAGUAGAUUCCGCUCCACUGAGCAAGGAGGGGUGCUUUCGGGGGUCCACGCGAACGCUCCCAGGGGUCAGGCCCUGCUGGGCAGCACUGAGACGCCGAGGUGAGCACGAGGCGCCCCACUCGAGUCGCAGUCUGGUAAGGAAGUCAAACCCCAGGAAGUGGCGGAGCAGGGCAUUGCUUCUGCUCCCUGCCUGUCACUCUCAGAUGCCCAUCAUGUGCACGUUUCGUCUUUUCUCGGGCAUCAGAGGAAGGAGCCCAGUAGGAAACAAGGUGAACAGGCCGAACGAAACUCAGUGUGUGUCAGCAAACACGAGUCCAGCGGUCCUCGCCUUCUGAGUGUUCUCGUCUGUGCAGGGUUGUGACGCCUCAGUCUCUGUCACCUCCUUCACACCCGGGUGUCUUUUAGGAAAACAAAGUGGGCGGAUGGUUUGCAAGUGAACAAUUUGAUUUCUUGUUUUUUGUAUUUAUAUUUUGCUUGUUACAUGUCUUCAGGGUAUUGUCAGACUCCUCACAAAACACUUAAAUUUUCACUCACUGCUAUGUUUACCCUUCAGUGUGCUGUCAGAGCUUAGUAGGAAUGCCUUUUCAUUCCUGGAAAAAAGUACUUCAAAGUCAAGGUAGAUCUGUGAAGGAGUCUUGUGGAAGAACAGAUUUCAUCCUAGUUCGGAGGUGGAUCUGACCGUGAUCACGUACCACGAGAAGGAGUACCCUUGGUCAGGUUGUACUCCUUCGCCUUCUCUCGUAGUUGCAAUGAAGUUCUCCUGCUCAUCUCUAAAACUCAGAACCCUCCACGCCCGCUCUUGCUGAGCCUGGUGCUCAGACAAUGUUCAGAGAUGUUUCAGAGGGAGAGAGUCCGUGUUUUUCAUCACCUCGGCCUAUGCACCCCACUGCAUUUUGCCACCCUCCUUCUUUGUUGUAUUGCGCACUUUAGUAUUUCGCCAAUAUUGCUGCCUUCUGAAACUUCUUAGAGGUGGGUUAGAUCUGGAGUUUUCCUUGUCUUCACAAAUCUGCUUCCUGGCAUUGGAUUUAGUGGUCACAUUAGGAGCCAAAUGCCUGCAGGUUGAAGGAAGUCUGUCCGAGUAAACAAUUAGCUCUAUCGUUUCUGUUCAGUGGAGGUUGAACAGAGUGGGUUGAACAGCAGAGGUUCUGUUUGGGGGGCUGUGUUUUGUUCCAGGGUUUGGGGGGUUUGUUUGUUUUGAUGGUGCAAGUGUGAUUUAAAUAUUUUCAUCAUUGCUUCACUAUGACACGGAGGUAGGACGGGGGAAAAUCACUCAACUGUUCUGAUGCAGCACUGUUCAAGUAAACCAGUGCGGAAUGUUCAAGACUAUCAAUUAAUUGGUGGGGUUAAGUUUGCCAUUUUAUUUUUAUAAAUACCUAUUUUUUUUUUUCUGAAUGUGUGUGAGUCCGAGAGCGGGCAAACAAUUUUCUACUGUGGACUAAUCUAUAAAGGGUUUUGGAAAGCUGUGUUAAUAGCUGAAUCUUGAUACCCUGCCUUAGGGCACCCGUUGUGAACCUUCGUUUUUUUCUAAAAUAAAUUAAUUGAAAACA